AUGGGAUCAUCUCAAUCCAAACCAACCCGUCCUCAAAAGGGAGGACUAGCACGCUCAAACGCCAGACAUGGCCGUCCAGCUCCAAACAAGAAACAACAACAGCAGCAGCAAAGAUACGCUCCUCCUCCUCCUCCACCCAACAAGAACAAAUCCCUACCACUACUUCCCAAACAACAACAACAACAACCAAGACUAAAACCCUCCAAAAGCCAAUCUAACAUGUCCGCCCUAGGAUUCGGUGACAUCGUAGCCGACCGCCAAUACUAUAUGACCAAGCCGCUGCCACCCCUGCCUAAUCAAAGACCCAAAGCCCUUACUAAAGCUCCCAGGAAAGCUCCUACCCCGACCCCUGUCCGAACAUCAACCCCAACCCCAGAACAAAGCUUCUUCACCGGCAGCAAAUCUCACAAAUCCCGCAACCCCGACCCCUCCACCAACAACAUCUUCCUCUGCGCCCCCAACUCCGGCAUCCCCUCUCAAAUCCCCGAUUUCGCACUCAAGAAACAAGGCGUUUCAACCUGUCGCGCGUGCCGGAAGGCUGUCAAUGCAGAUACUGAUUAUUUGUUGUGGCAUAAUGUCGAUAGUUGCAAGGCUGUGUAUCAUAAUAGAUGUGCGAAGCAGUGGUUGGUGAGGGAGUUUGAGAAUCAGAGGAGUGGGUUGAUGGCUAGGCCGAGGUGUUUGGGAUGUGGUGGGUGGAUGAAUGUUAGGGUUGUAGGGGCUUCGAGGGGGUGUCCGAUGGGGUUUGUGGCGUUUGGUGGGGGGAGGUGA